AUGCGUCGUAGUGGUGAAAUAGAGGAAGAUUCUAGAGACCAUGGAGUUGAAACUACUGAUUCUGCUGGGGCAAAGGUAACUAAAGCUGGAAGUGGAAAGGUCGGUAUCUCAGCAACUACUGGAUUUUCCCAGGAGCAACUUCAAGCGCAAAAUUUUCAUAAAAAAAUAAUGCAAGCCCAAAAUGGCGUUGAUGAUGCCUUGAAGAGGCGGUUACAGCAGCUGAUUGACUCUAAUCCAGUCAUGCUUUUUAUGAAAGGAACCCCUGAGGAGCCCAAAUGUAAAUUUAGCAAACUGGCAAUUGACAUGUUGAAGGAAAAGAAGAUCAAAUUUGGAAGUUUCGAUGUUCUUGUGGACAAUGAAGUCAUGGAAGGGAUACAGAAAUAUUCUAACUGGCCAGUAUUGCCCGCAGCUUUACUUGGAAGGGAAGGCUCGUGGUUUGCGUUACAUACGCACUCUAGAGCGUGGUUGUCGUGA